GUUGUGAUUUUGGUUUGGGAUUUUGAUGCAUUGCAAUAGCUGGACGGAUCGGGAUUGACCCACUUCAGGUUUUCAUCUCAAGAUUGGAAAUUUUCAACUUUGGCAUUGGAUUUAAGCUAUACUGUAGUUGGAGCCUGAGCGAAGCCUGAAGCUAGAUAGCUGGCUGGCCUCCUAUGAUAGUAAUGGUCUCGUCAGUGUCCUUGUAACUUUAGAUCUAUUUACUGGAAAGUCCUUGUGUUCUAGUCAAAGGUAUGAAUCCAAUGCAAGGGCCACGGAGUACUGGUGGUUCAUCUACUGAAGUGAACCAGGCAGAUGGUGAAUCGAUUUACUGCACAGAGAGCAAUUUGAAUAACAUUCUGAAUCCAUCAGACACUGGAUUUCCAAACAAUAGUAUUCCUUCAGGACGACCAACUUACGCAAGUUCGAGUUCUCAUGCUGCUCAAGAACAUAAUUGGUGGAGGUUGGGGGAAUCCAGUUCCAUAUCUGGGCAUUCUGAUCAGGUCAAUUCAAUUGGAAUGAAGACAAAUCACCAGCUGCCUCAAGAUGCUUCUCAUCACUUUGUUGGCUAUGGGUCUGAGGGAAGGCAAUUAGGUUUGAAUGGUAUGAUGGUACAUGGAGGGGUUCAUGCUGGCAGUCACAUCAGAAGUGGGCCUUCUUUCUUGCGCGGUUCAAGCUCUACUCCUAUGACACAGCAUGUAGAUAUGAGUAUGGACAUGGAUAGCGAUAAUAGUAUUGCGCAGACUUCCGGGGUAGUUAACCGUCAUAAUAGCUAUGGGAGUUCAUUAGGAAGCUCAAUUCAGGCUGCUGGGGAGAGUAGCAGUGGUCCUACUUCUUCAUUUGGUGGUUGGGGUUCAUCCUGCAAAAGAAAAGCUCUUGAAGGAUCCCCUAGUCAUUCUUUUUCUGGUGAAACUCCUAACCGCAUUGUUCAGACUGAAAAUAGUGCUUCGCAUAGAGGUCUUGCUCAAUAUGGUGCUUCAAGUAGCUUAAGUUUGGCUACACCCUCCUCACAAAGUUCUCCAAAUGUUACUAAUCAUUUUGGCCGGACAGAACAUAUGUUUGGAUCUGGUGGUGAAAGAGCAGUUGCAGCCAGUGCUUUUCGUUCUACAAGAAACACUGACACCUUAUCUAGAGCUGGUAGACGAUCAAAUCCCAGGCAGCCUCAGGAGUCCAUAGCAUUCAGCAUAUCACAUGCUGGAACUUCUGUGCCUCCCACUGGUUCUUUGCAACAGAAUUUACCAUUAAACGCUCCUUUUGUAGAUCCUAUAGAUGUGAGAUCAACACCAAUUACUAGUGGAAGCACUGGUGAGAAUCAGACAAAUAUAGUCCACCUCCCUGCUUUGACCAGAAAUAUACACCAAUUUGCUUGGGAUGCUUCUUUCAGUUCCAGAGCAAGCAGUUCCUCGGGUAUAGGGAUGCCUGCAGAGCGAGUAGGACCACAGUGGGAAACAUCGAGAAGCAACCCAGAGCAGCCCUUGUUUGCACCUGCAACUGACAUGAGACAUCCAGAGCAUGAUCUUUGGAGUUUCACA